AUGAUCAGAUCCACGCAAAUUGCGAGGCUGGAUGGCCUUAUGUUAUGCGCCUCAGUUGACGACGAGCAGACUGAGACUUCCCUGGCAGAGAUCAAGUCGCAAGUCAAGAUGGUUCUCCGAAAAAUGAAUCGAAAUUCCGCCGAUCAAGCAACGCUCGAUAGCGGUCCAUAUACUAUGCACUAUAUGAUCGCCAACGACAUCGUUUUCCUCUGCAUCUGCGAACGCUCAUACCCACGAAAGCUUGCAUUCACAUACCUCUCUGAUCUUUGCACCGAAUUCAACACCACCUACCCCGCCACUCAGGUACACUCUCCAACUUUACGCCCAUAUGCCUUCAUGGAUUUCGACACGUUCAUUUCGCGGACAAAAUCCACAUAUUCCGAUACACGAGCAACACAGAAUCUUGACAAGCUUAACGAUGAACUUCGAGAUGUCACCAAGGUCAUGACCAAGAACAUUGAAGACUUGCUUUACAGAGGAGACAACCUGGAGCGUAUGGGUGAAGUGAGCAGCAGAUUGAGAGAAGACAGCAAGAAAUAUCGCAAAGCUGCCGUAAGAAUCAAUUGGGAACUGAUGUUGAAACAAUAUGGACCAAUUGGCGGGCUGGGACUCUUCAUGAUCAUCUUCAUCUGGUGGAGAUUCUUCUGA